GCGGUGGACCCACUCUGGAUCGCCCUGCCAUUUGUUUACGGAUCGCAGUGGGGAGAAAAACGAGCGACUGAUAACCGAGCGCUGAUAAGACACCCGGAGACCUACAGAUGUCCGCUUCUAGGCGGCAGCUGCAGACAGUUUUCACCGGUUUGGACGAGUGUGUGAGCAUCGCAUCGGACAAAGACAAAGCGCGGAUGGCGUCGACUAUACAAAAUGGCCUGAAAGUGGCCCUGAGGAAGAGCAUGAAGGAUGCGCUCAAGUGCUUGGAGCCGGAGGCUAUAAAGCGGCAAUCGCACGCGGUCACCGCAAAGGUGCUCCAAAGCGAGGCCUUCCGUCAGGCGCAACGUGUGAGCAUCUACCUGAGCACCAGCGGCGAGGUGGACACGACAGAGUUGCUCUGCGAGAUGUUUCGCCUGGAGAAGAUGGUGUUUGUGCCCAGCUACGAGGGGGCCAGCAUGAAAAUGGUGCGUCUACGUGGCAUGGAGGAGUACGAGAGCCUGCCCCUGACCAAAUGGAACAUCAAGCAGCCCGACUUCAAGGAGACCCGCGAAGAUGCCAUGACCAAUGGUCACGGCAUUGAUCUGUUUAUUGUGCCCGGUGUGGCAUUCACCCGCUGCGGUGCUCGCAUGGGCCAUGGCAUGGGCUAUUAUGACAAAUUCCUGCGCCAGCACUCUGACAAAUAUCCCCACAAGAAGAUCUCCUUCAUGGCCCUAGCCCUCAACGAACAGAUUGUGAGCCAGGAGGAUCUACCGAUGGACAACCAUGACGUGCGUUUGCAUAGUGUCAUAACAGAAAAGUAAGCCCAGAUCCUUUCGAUCCUAUAUUUGUAUAGAUCCGAGCUUUUUAGCGAAUUGUAUAAUCAAGAUAAACUGACAUUUCCCCAUCUUCCGA